GUACUACGCGGCGCGCGGGCCGGAGGGGCGGGGGAUGCGCCUGGCGGCGGCGGCGGCUGCGGCGGCGCCAGAGCAGCGCUGUGGGGCUCGCCGCGGCGGCAGCGCGGGCGUCGCGCGCGGCCUGAAGACGUCGCACCUUUCUGCCCCUCACUUUUUUAAAUAAGCGGAACCAAUGAACGUAGCCGGUAUCCGAGCUCCAGAGGCCGCCGGUGCCCAGGGGACCAGGCUGACGCCCCGCAGGGAGCCGCGGCGGGGGCGGCCCGAGGAGUCGCCGGCGGCGGUGGCGGCGGCGGCGCUUCUCGAAGCCGGCGGGUGGCCGGCGGUGCCGGCCGCGCCGCGCUCUCCCGGCGCUCCUCAUCCCGCCUCGGCCUCGGGCUGGCCGCGGCCCCGGCGGCGGCGCUGGGCUGCGCUGCUGCUGCUCGGGCUGCUGGUGGCCGGAGCGGCGGACGGAUGCGAGCUGGGGCCGAGGCACCUCCGCGGGCGGCGGGCGGCGGGCUCUGCCGGGGCAGGCACCACUUCUGUCUCGGCGGCGGCGGCGGCGGGCGAGAGCUCGACGCUCCUGACAGAUCCCUGCAUGACACUGAGUCCACCGUGCUUCACGGAAGAAGACAGAUUUAGUCUGGAAGCUCUUCAGAUGAUACACAAACAGAUGGAUGAUGACAAGGAUGGUGGAAUUGAAGUAGAUGAAAGUGAUGAAUUUAUCAGAGAAGAUAUGAAAUACAAGGAUGCUACAAAUAAACACAGCCAUCUGCAUAGGGAAGACAAGCACAUAACUGUGGAAGAUUUAUGGAAACAGUGGAAAACAUCAGAAGUUCAUAAUUGGACCCUUGAGGAUACACUUCAGUGGUUGAUAGAAUUUGUUGAACUACCACAGUAUGAGAAGAAUUUUAGAGACAAUAAUGUCAAAGGAACAACACUUCCCAGGAUAGCAGUGCAUGAACAUUCAUUUAUGAUCUCCCAGUUGAAAAUCAGCGACCGGAGCCACCGACAAAAAUUGCAGCUCAAGGCACUGGAUGUGGUUUUGUUUGGACCUCUUACACGUCCCCCUCAUAAUUGGAUGAAGGAUUUCAUCCUCACAGUUUCUAUAGUGAUUGGUGUUGGAGGAUGCUGGUUUGCUUAUACACAGAAUAAGACAUCGAAAGAACAUGUUGCAAAAAUGAUGAAAGACUUAGAGAGUCUGCAAACUGCAGAGCAAAGUCUCAUGGACUUACAGGAAAGGCUUGAAAAGGCACAAGAAGAAAACAGAAAUGUGGCUGUGGAGAAGCAAAAUCUGGAGCGCAAAAUGAUGGAUGAAAUCAACUAUGCCAAGGAAGAGGCCUGCAGGCUGAGGGAGCUGAGGGAAGGAGCCGAGUGCGAGCUCAGUCGGCGCCAGUACGCAGAGCAGGAGCUUGAGCAGGUUCGCAUGGCCCUAAAAAAGGCCGAAAAAGAAUUUGAACUGAGAAGCAGCUGGUCUGUUCCAGACGCGCUUCAGAAGUGGCUUCAGUUAACACAUGAGGUGGAAGUCCAGUACUACAAUAUUAAAAGACAGAAUGCCGAAAUGCAGUUAGCUAUUGCUAAGGAUGAGGCAGAAAAAAUUAAGAAGAAGAGAAACACGGUGUUUGGGACUCUCCACGUGGCGCACAGCUCCUCCCUGGACGAAGUAGACCACAAGAUUCUGGAAGCAAAGAAGGCUCUCUCUGAGUUGACAACUUGUUUGCGAGAACGGCUUUUUCGCUGGCAACAGAUUGAGAAGAUCUGUGGCUUUCAGAUAGCCCAUAACUCGGGGCUGCCCAGCCUGACCUCUUCCCUCUAUUCAGACCACAGCUGGGUCGUCAUGCCCAGAGUCUCCAUCCCACCCUACCCGAUUGCUGGAGGAGUCGAUGACUUGGACGAAGACACACCCCCGAUCGUGUCACAGUUUCCUGGGACCAUGACUAAAUCUACUAGCUCACUGAACAGAAGAGGCAGCUUGUGCCGCUCUCGUCGCAGCAUAGUGCCCGCCUCGCCGCAGACUCAGCGGGCUCAGCUUGCUCCGCAGGCGCCUGCGCCCCCUCUCCCUCGGCCUGCACACCUUCCCCAGCACGCACAGCACGCACUGCCCUCCCCCGACCCAGACAUCCUCUCCGUGUCAAGCUGCCCUGCGCUGUACCGGAACGAGGAGGAGGAGGAGGCGAUUUACUUUUCUGCUGAAAAGCAAUGGGAGGUGCCAGACACAGCUUCCGAGUGUGACUCCUUGAACUCUUCCAUCGGAAGGAAGCAGUCUCCUCCGUCGAGCCUGGAGAUAUACCAGACCUUAUCCUCUCGGAAGGUCUCACGGGAUGAAACCUCGCUGGAGGAUUCCUCCCGUGGGGAGUCUCCGGUCGCCGCCGACCUCUCCAGGGGCUCCCCUGAUUGCAUGGGGCUGACAGAAACCAAGAGUAUGAUCUUCAGCCCCGCCAGCAAGGUGUACAAUGGCAUCCUGGAGAAGUCGUGUAGCAUGAACCAGCUCUCCAGCGGCAUCCCAGUGCCCAAGCCCCGCCACACGUCGUGCUCCUCGGCGGGCAAGGACAGCAAAGCGGCCCUGGAGGCCCCCGCUGUGGCCCUGAUCGGCAGCAUCCCGCACGACCUCUGUCACAACGGGGAGAAGAGCAAAAAGCCAUCUAAAAUCAAAAGCCUUUUUAAGAAAAAGUCCAAGUGACCAGUCAGACGCUGGGCCUCCCUCCACGCGGCAUCUGCACUUCUCCCGUGUCGUGUUCUCAUUUUAGGAAUGUAAAUCCAUGGGGGCUCUCCGGACCCACCCCCGUGGACUGUCCCUAAGGGCAGCUGUCUACUGUCUGCUUAUUUCAGUGACUAGAUCAUCGAUUUGUCAAGGCAGUUAUUAUCAAAAAAUCAUGCAGGACAGUUUACAGUCAUUUCUGCCUAUUUAUUUCUGCUUCAUUAUUAGUGAUGUAAAUACAGUGUUUUGUUGAGAGCCACUAUGGACUUCAGCUUUAAGGGACUCAUGAGCCAGCAUGGGCUUGCAGGAGUUCCUUGUUUACCAGAGCAUCUUCUUAUCUUUCCACAGAGCUUAUUUACAUCUGGACUAAAUAACUUAAAAUAAGUAAAACUUAAUUGCACUACUGUUUUCCAGACUGGAAAAAAAAUCCCUGCAAGUGAAACUGCAUAGAGUUUAUAAAAUGACUGUGGUAGGGGACUGUUUUCACUUUGAGAUCAAAAUGAGUUUUUAAGUAGAACCUAGGGUUUCUAAAUUGACUUGAUUUCUGGAAAUGAAAACCCAUGCUUUUAUUAUGGGAAGCCUCUUUCAAUGCAUUUACUACUAUAAAGUUUCAAGUUCUGCUAUAAAGAUCAUGUUGUUUUGUUCCCCCCCCCAGGGCUUUCACUGUGAUUUACUGCAUUGCAGGCUGUAUGACAAAAUAUGAAUAAUUUAAAGAGAAAAGGCUCUUUAUUCCUUAUGCAAGUCAAAGAGUUGAAACUUGAGUGAAGGACUUAAAACAUUCACAAGUUUAAACUGAGUUGGGGGUUGUGGGGAGCCAGGCACUUGUUUACAGACUUUGAAUAACUGCAAAGGAUUUAUGGCUUGUGAAAAAUUUGUACUGUGGAAAAGAUAAUAAAUUGGAGACGUUCUUGUAUGGGAUUGUGCUGAUUUUCGUUGAUAACACUCCACUAAAAACACUGUAUGUUUCCUGGAGGGCCGGGUAAGCUGUCGUAUUGCUAAAUUGCAAUAUAAGAAAACGGUGAUGUUUUGGAAGUAAGUUGUCAACAAAUUUCUUUCUAUUUUAUAUUGUUUGUCAUAUUUUUAUGUAGUUUGAAAUGUUUAAAUGUUCUAAUAUCAAGAUUAACAAAUAUAAAUUUAUGGUGCAUUUAGAUUGUGUUGUUUUAAUUUGUAAAGCUCUGGGUUCAUUAAG